CGGGCCGCGGAGGCCGAGGGCGCGGGGCCGGGCGGCCGGGCCGGAGCGGCGAGAAGAAGCCCACCUGAGCCGGCGCCACCAGGCUUGGCGGAGCCGCGCGCGUCGUCCCCACCGAGAGCAGCGGCGCCGCCGUGCGGGCCAGGCGCCCAGCGAGGGGAGCGGACCCCGGUUCAUGGAGGCUGAGGCGAGGGAGGCUUUCGGAGCCUGGAUGUGGAGGAGAGAAACGGCAGAACUAACUCAGGAAAUUGGCUGUCGGAGAAAGGCCGAACGAGGUCUGGGGCUCAGAACCAGGCUGGGGUAGGUGUGGGAAACCUGCGAGUUUGAAGGAAAAAGCAGGGAAUAUUUUCAGAGCUUCUCUCUGGUUUUGGCGAAUGCUCUCAUUUUAAAGGUAAAAAAACCACUGCAUUUCAGGUGUUCUGUGAUUUUUUUUUUUUUUUUUUUUUUUUGGUGUGAAUGGCUCAUUUCAGAAUUUCAAAACCUUUAACUCUUUAAUGUAAAAGCUUUUUUUUUUUAAAAAUCCACAGAUUUUGUUUCCCGAGGUUGCACUGAACCUGGGAGGAGUGCUGUUGUGUACAUACUAUUGUAUGGUUUUAUUUAUUUAUUUUUUUUACCGUGCGGAUCAGCUGGAAGAUUUUUUUCCAAGUGCCAUUUCGGAUUUAUUCAAUUUUUUUUUUCUGAUUCGCUUUCUCGAACAUAUUACCUGCUCUUGUCAUUUUAAGCAUUGAAGACCAGAGAAUUAUUCCCCCACCCCACCCCGUUUGGAGCUUGAGGCUCCAUUGCCAACAGAAGGACAGCUGGGAAAACUGGAUUAAAAGGAUGGUUUUUAUCUGUGUUUUACAGUUAAGACUGAUAUUUUGAAGGCACGUUCUUUUUGUGAUUCAUUUUUUUAGCGCAUAGUGCUAACCUUGAAGAGAUUUGUGGUUGGGAUUUUGGUUUCCAAGAGGUCAUAGUUUUUCCUCUUUCAAGAAGGGGGAGGGGAAAGGGGGCUGAGGAAGGAGACCAUGUUAAUUGGUAGAAGUAGAAUGGAGCUUCAGUUGCCCGGGUCCUGAGAGCUGGAAGAAAAAGGAUUCAAUCUGCAAGUUAGGAGGUCCUCCUCUCAUCUUUCUUAAAAAUUGCAAGGGAUUCAAUUCCAAUCAAGACCAAAGCCACAAGAUUCUGGAACCGUGAAGACACUGAGAAACCAUGAGUGUAAGGUUACCCCAGAGUAUAGACAGAUCAGCCAAUAAAAAGCAGUCUCACCUAUCCAGGUUAAGUACCCUGUCUUCCCUUGGAGAUUCUGCACCUGAGCGCAAGUCCCCUUCUCACCACCACCAGCCCUCUGACACCUCUGAGGCAACAGGUCUUGUCCAACGCUGUGUCAUCAUCCAGAAGGACCAGCAUGGCUUCGGCUUCACAGUCAGUGGGGAUCGCAUUGUUCUGGUGCAGUCCGUGCGGCCUGGGGGUGCAGCCAUGAAAGCUGGAGUGAAAGAGGGCGACCGAAUCAUCAAAGUUAACGGCACCAUGGUGACCAAUAGCUCACACCUGGAGGUAGUGAAACUUAUCAAAUCUGGUGCCUAUGUUGCACUGACUCUCCUGGGCUCCUCACCCUCAUCUGUCGGUGUCGCUGCACUCCAGCAGGAGCCGGCAGGACAUCCCCGAGUCACCCCCAUGAUCCCACCACCACCACCUCCUCCACCUCUGCCACCCCCACAACGCAUCACAGGACCCAAACCUCUGCAGGACCCUGAAGUUCAGAAACAUGCCACCCAGAUCCUCAGAAACAUGCUGAGACAGGAGGAAAAAGAGCUACAGCGUAUCUGUGAGGUGUAUAGCCGGAACCCCGCCAGCCUGCUGGAAGAGCAGAUCGAAGGUGCCCGGCGGCGAGUCACUCAGUUACAGCUGAAGAUCCAGCAGGAGACAGGUGGCUUAGUGGACAUACUUCCCCUCUAUGGUGAUGCCAGCCAGAAACCAUCAGAAGGCCGCCUCUCUCUGGAUUCCCAGGAGGCAGACAGUGGCUUGGACUCCGGAACAGAACGCCUUCCCUCACUCAGUGAGUCAUGGGUGAAUCGGAACUCAGUACUGUCAGACCCUGGACUGGACAGUCCUCGAACCUCCCCUGUGAUCAUGGCCAGGGUGGCCCAGCACCAUAGGCGGCAGGGCUCAGACAUCCCAAUCCCCCUGUCCAGUGAACAGCUUGACUCUCUUCCCCAGGGUGUAGAUCCAAGCCCAAAGCCUUUGAUUAUUGGCCCAGAGGAAGAUUAUGACCCGGGUUAUUUCAACAACGAGAGCGAUGUCAUCUUCCAGGAUCUUGAAAAACUGAAGUCCCGUCCAGCUCACCUGGCAGUUUUCCUACGUUACAUCUUCUCUCAGGCAGACCCCAGUCCACUGCUUUUUUACUUGUGUGUAGACGUUUAUCAGCAGACAAACCCCAAGGAUUCCCGGAGCUUGGGAAAGGACAUCUGGAGUAUUUUCCUAGAAAAAAAUGCGCCUCUCAGAGUGAAGGUCCCUGAGAUGUUACAGGCUGAAAUCGACCUGCGCUUACGGAACAGCGAGGACGCCCGCAGCAUUCUCUGUGAGGCUCAGGAGGCAGCCGUGCCGCAGAUCCAGGAACAGAUUCAUGACUACAGAACAAAGCGCACUCUAGGGCUGGGCAGCCUCUACGGUGAGAAUGACCUGCUGGAUCUGGAUGGGGAUCCCCAGCGGGAACGCCAAGUGGCUGAGAAGCAGCUGGCCGCCCUUGGAGAUAUCUUGUCCAAGUAUGAGGAAGAUAGGAGUGUGCCCAUGAGCUUUGCCCUCAACACGUACGUGAGCCAUACGGGAAUCCGUCUUCGGGAGUCGCGACCCUCCAGCACAGCUGAAAAGGCCCAGUCUGCCCCUGACAAGGACAAGUGGCUGCCCUUCUUCCCUAAAGCCAAGAAGCAGAGCAGCAAUUCCAAGAAAGAAAAGGAUGUCUUGGAGGACAAGAAGCGAAACCCCAUCCUCAAAUACAUUGGGAAGCCCAAAAGCUCCUCUCAGAGCACAUUUCAUAUUCCCUUGUCCCCUGUGGAAGUCAAGCCGGGCAAUGUAAGGAACAUCAUUCAGCACUUUGAGAACAGCCAGCAGUAUGAUGCCCCAGAACCGGGGACACAGCGACUCUCCACCGGAAGCUUUCCUGAGGACCUGCUGGAGAGUGACAGCUCUCGCUCGGAGAUCCGCCUGGGCCGCUCCGAGAGCCUCAAGGGCCGGGAGGAGAUGAAGCGGUCUCGGAAGGUGGAGAACGUGCCCCGCUCUCGCAGUGAUGUGGACAUGGAUGCUGCUGCCGAGGCCACGCGCCUCCACCAGUCAGCCUCGUCGUCCACCUCCAGCCUCUCCACCAGGUCUCUGGAGAACCCAACCCCUCCCUUCACCCCCAAGAUGGGCCGCAGGAGCAUCGAGUCCCCCAGCCUGGGCUUCUGCACAGAUGCCCUCCUUCCCCACCUCCUAGAGGAUGAUCUGGGCCAGCUCUCUGAUUUGGAGCCAGAGCCAGAUGCCCAAAACUGGCAGCACACCGUGGGCAAGGAUGUGGUGGCCGGGCUGAGCCAGAGGGAGAUUGAUCGGCAGGAGGUCAUCAACGAGCUGUUCGUGACUGAAGCAUCCCACCUGCGGACACUUCGGGUCCUGGACCUCAUCUUCUACCAGCGAAUGAAGAAGGAGAACCUGAUGCCCCGGGAGGAGCUGGCCCGGCUCUUCCCCAACCUGCCCGAGCUCAUAGAGAUUCACAAUUCCUGGUGUGAAGCCAUGAAGAAGCUCCGGGAGGAGGGCCCCAUCAUCAAGGAGAUCAGUGACCUCAUGCUGGCUCGAUUUGAUGGCCCUGCCCGAGAGGAACUCCAGCAAGUGGCUGCGCAGUUCUGUUCCUAUCAGUCAAUAGCCCUAGAGCUGAUCAAGACCAAGCAGCGCAAGGAGAGCCGCUUUCAGCUGUUCAUGCAGGAGGCCGAGAGCCACCCUCAAUGCCGACGGCUGCAGCUCCGAGACCUCAUCAUCUCUGAGAUGCAGCGGCUCACCAAGUACCCACUGCUGCUGGAGAACAUCAUCAGACACACCCAGGCUGGCACUGCAGAACAUGAGAAGCUGUGCCGAGCCCGAGACCAGUGCCGGGAGAUCCUCAAGUUCGUGAACGAAGCAGUGAAGCAGACUGAGAACUGCCACCGGCUGGAGGGUUACCAGAGACGCCUGGACGCCACCGCCCUGGACAGGGCCAGCAACCCGCUGGCAGCAGAGUUCAAGAGCCUGGAUCUUACAAGCAGGAAGAUGAUCCACGAGGGGCCCCUGACCUGGAGGAUCAGCAAGGAUAAGACCUUGGACCUCCACGUGCUGCUGCUGGAGGACCUGCUGGUGUUGCUGCAGAGACAGGACGAGCGGCUGCUGCUGAAGUGCCACAGCAAGACAGCUAUGGGCUCCGCAGACAGCAAGCAGACCUUCAGCCCUGUGCUCAAGCUCAACGCCGUGCUCGUCCGCUCUGUGGCCACAGAUAAACGGGCCUUCUUCAUCAUCUGCACCUCUGAGCUGGGCCCUCCCCAGAUCUACGAGCUGGUCGCACUGACGUCCUCAGAGAAGAACAUAUGGAUGGAGCUCCUCGAAGAGGCUGUGCGCAAUGCCACCAGGCACCCCGGAGCUGCCCUGGCGCCUGUUCUUCCCCGGCCUCCAGGCCCCCAGGAGCCAGCUCACCAGGGCCCUGCCCCCAGCAGGACAGGCCUGGAUGACCCGGAAGUGUUCCACAGUGAAGCAGAGCCUGAGGAGCUGCCUGGAGCAGGCCCUGGGACGCAGCAGAGAGUCCAGGGGAAGCAGCCAGUGCCACCUGAGGAGCCCGAGCAGGAGGGCAAUGCAGUGGAAGGGGAGCUGGCAGCCCUGCCUCUCCCUUCCGCAGCCCUGAGCGGAGAGAACGUGGGCGUCGGGACAAGGGACCCCAUCGCCCUGGCCCUCCCAGGCUCUCUCUUCAUGGAAGGACUUGCGGAUUCGGCCCUGGAAGAUGUGGAGAACCUGCGGCACCUGAUCCUGUGGAGUCUGUUGCCAGGUCAUGGCACGGACACUCGGGCCGCUGCAGAGCCUGAGGACGACCUGACACCCACACCUUCCAUCAUUGGCGUCACCACUCACCCCUGGGACCCGGGCUCCCCAGGGCUGGCUCCCACUAGCGGUGACGGGGACAACGCCGUGCUCCCAGGGCCAGAGGGAGGCCAGCCGGAGCACGAGGAUGCAGCUCGCUCCCUAGCACUCCUGCCCCCAAGGACCAGGAAUUCUGGGAUCUGGGAGUCUCCGGAGCUGGAUAGGAAUCCAGCUGAAGAGGCCUCAAGCACAGAAGAAGUGGGGAGCUACAAAGUUGUGAGAAAAGCUGAGGUGGCAGGCAGCGAGGCUGUCCCUGCACUGCCAGAGAGUGGCCAAUCAGAACCUGAGCUGCCGGAAGUGGAAGGCGCAACAGAGGCUCCGGGGAACUGUUUCUAUGUCAGCAUGCCAGCAGGACCAGUGGACUCCAGCACCAACCCUUCAGGGGCACGCACAGGCCACCCCCAGCCACAAGCAGGCAGUGGGGAUCCGAGACUCCCUAGCCACUCUUCCCCUGGCCUGGCCCUCAGGGACGUGGGCAUGAUCUUCCGCACCAUCGAGCAGCUCACCCUCAAACUCAACAGGCUCAAGGACAUGGAGCUGGCCCACAGAGAGCUGCUCAGAUCCCUUGGUGGAGAGUCCUCUGGCGGCACCACACCUGUGGGCAAUUUCCACACAGACACGUCCAGAUGGACAGACAGCUCCCUCUCCCCUCCAGCCACCCUGGCCUCUGAGCCCCGGGAUAGCCAUGAGCCAGAGUCCCACCCUUCGGACGGCUGUGACACCCCUCCGGAAGACAGCACUGCAGACAUACCUGUGUCACCAGGACUGUAGCCACCAUGACAGCCAAAUCCUGUCCAUCCCUUCUCAGCAGGGACGAGCCUGAGGCAGGGGCGCAGGCAGGGGGACCCCGGACGACCUCUUUGUGGACGGGGCAGUGGGGAAACAGAUGCAGCCAAGGCUCGGGGAGACCUGCAUGUUGCUUGGUGUGCACAGAGCGAAGUCUGCACACCAGUCUGUCUUCCCCCUCCCUGCAGCCCUCCUGGGCCUGUCCCCUGAGCAUGCCGACCGCAUGUGCGAGGCCCUGCUUGCCCAGCUGGCAGUGGUCUGCCUGCGUGCAGGUGAGAGGCAGUGGCUUCAGUGUAAAUGCACUUCCUUCGGCCCCUUCUCCUCGGGACCCCAGGCCAAGCUGGGUACCUCUCCUCUCCUCUCGUCACUUUGGUUUCCUAUAAAUACGUAUGUAUUGUAUGUGCAUCUUUGCUGUUGUAAAUACCUUGAGCUCUCUGUCUCUGUCCCUGAGUGCUGGGGCUGGUUAUGGAGCAACUGCUAGGGAAGAGGGGUGGGGCUGUCACCCACCCAGGCUUGGGCCCUGUGCUGUCGAGGCCUCCUGGCCCCUCCUCUGGGCCCAGUGCUCAGCUGCCAGGUCUCCUAGAACUUGCAGGGCCCUCGGUCAUCAGCGGCCGGGGCCUGUGGGGAACUCGCACCCUCGGUGUCCUCCCCCCCAGCCGCCCCCAGAGAAACCCGCGUAGCAGGUACGGCGCUGAAGAUGGACCCCAGGAGGGCCGGGGACAAAAAUGCUGACGGCCCUGGAUUAACCCGGGACACCCUGGGGCCGCCGUGGCCUUGGGCAUCAAUCACCCAGUCCUCACUGCAGCCCCACCGAUGACUAGGAUACACACACUGCGCUAGGUGUAUAUAUACAUAUAUAUAAAUAUAUAUAAUAUAUAAGAUACAGAUAUGGAAAUGACUGUUUUGCUGUUAAGAUAAUGUAUACUCUUAUUUUCUUCC